CGAGGAGUUGGCACAUGUGGAGCUCUCGGGCGGCUUUGCAACCUCCAAGCUAGGGCGGGUCGUGAGUGUCGCGUUCAAUCCAUGGAACUCACGAUUAACAGUCGGCUCUCUUAGCGCAGCAUCGGCUCAACAUCGCCGCGAAUCACCCGUCAUCUUGACGGGGCUCCGAUACCAGAUAACUCCCACGCAGUUCCGACGCUUCCUGCACCAUGGCUGAGUCCGAGUUGAGCCCCAAGUUUGCGCCCUUCAUCGGCAUGGGCGGCAUCGCGGCGGCCAUGAUCUUUGGCUGCAUGGGAGCGGCAUACGGCACCGCAAAAUCCGGCAUCGGCAUCGCCGGCGUGGGGACGUUCCGGCCGGACCUGAUCAUGAAGUCCCUCAUUCCCGUUGUCAUGUCUGGCAUCAUUGCCGUCUACGCGCUUGUCAUUUCCGUCCUCAUCGCCACCGAUCUCCAGCCCCCGGCGUUUGGGGCCAACUAUAGCUUGUUCAACGGCUUCAUGCAUCUUGCUUGCGGACUCUCGGUCGGGCUGACGGGUCUCGCGGCCGGGUACUGCAUCGGUGUUGUCGGCGAUAAGGGCGUCCGAUCCUACAUGCUGCAGUCCCGAGUAUUUGUCGGCAUGGUCCUGAUUCUUAUCUUCGGCGAAGUGCUGGGGCUCUACGGGCUGAUCGUCGCCCUCAUUCUCAACACCAAGAGCAAGGGCUAAACGUGGACCUACGCACGGUCUUGGUUAUGAAAGAGAACAAGUGUACAAAUUGUGUACAAAAGGACUCGACUGAUGGGGUGUCAUUAGGAGCAUUUGGCCUGGCGUUGACGGAUGUGCCUCGACUUUGAUUCAUAAAGGGUCAUGAACUGGAACAAGCUCGGCAAGAAUACCGAACUUCUCAUUCA